UUCUCUCCCUAUCCGUCACUCUAAUAAAACGUUAGUGGCAACCGCCCCCGUCCCGAUUGGCCCCUCUUUCCUUUUGCGGGCGAGACGCCGUUGGGCACUGGAGAGAUUUCGGGAGGCCGGCUGGCCGGUGCUGUGGUGCAUCCUUGCGUACAAAAUGAAGAAAUUCUUUGGGUUUUCGAGGAAGAAGGGGAAGCCGUCGGGGUCCCGCUCAGGAGCUUCUGCCUCCUCCCUUAGCAUCGCCGUGGGGGACGGGUACGACCUACGGAUUAAAGACCUCAGCAAACUGCACCGGGCCGCGGCCAAUGGUAAUCUGGAGAAGCUGCAGCAGCUAGUAAAGAAUCACGACCUCAAUCUGCUUGAUGAAGCCAACAGAACACCUUUGCAUCUAGCCUGCGCCAGUGGAUGUACAGAAGUUGUUAUGUUCUUGGUAGACAACAAAUGUAGAUUAAAUCUCUGUGAUAAUGAUAACCGAUCUCCAUUGAUGAAGGCUGUACAAUGUCAGCAGGAAUUUUGUGCAAGUUAUUUGCUGAAACACGGUGCAGACCCCAAUGUAGUGGAUUUAAACAAUAACACAGCCCUUCAUUGUGCUGUUUCCAAUUCUAGCAUAUCUAUAGCAGAACAACUGCUUGCAUAUAAUGCAAAAAUUGAUGCACAGAACAAGGAUGGGAACACGCCUCUUAAUCUUGCAGUAUCAGGAGGUAAUCAAGAAAUGACAGAAUUUCUUCUUAAGAAAGGAGCAUCAGUAAAUGCCAAGGAAAACACAGGAAGAACACCACUAAUGACUGCUGCUUCUAACGGAGAUGAAGCUUUAAUAAAUCUGCUCAUUCAAUAUGAUGCUAAUGCUUCUGACACAGAUACAAAUGGAUGGACAGCAGAGGAUUAUGCUGUAAUUGGAGGAUAUUCCCAAUUAAGUAAAAAAAUCGCUGGAUAUGCCAGUGGGAAAUAUGCAGAACAGCAAUCUUCUAAGAGUCGAAAAGGCCUAUCUGAAUUCAGCAGUCCACAUAAAGAUGGAGGUGCUGGUUUGACAUUGGGCGCACCUGCAACAAAUAAAGAAGAAAUGCAGCAGUCACAGUACCAGGCAGCAGGAAAUUCAGGGAAAGUUGCAGAAGAUCUAUUUGGAGAUUCAUCAAGUAAUAAAAAUGAUGACAGCUGGUGUUCUGAUGAUGAAGACUUAUUCAACCCUGAGAAGCCACAGAAACAGCAUCCGCCUGACCUAGUGAAAGUUUAUGAGCACUUCAAGAAAUGUUUAGGUGAGAGAAGUAGCAAUAUCAUUUCACAGAAAAAUAAUUCAGAUUGUGAAGCUGAAGAUCUGAAUGACUGCUUUCCUAAGCUUUUGUCCCAAGCUAAGUCCUCCCCUCAGCCUGCCCAUUCCUCACCUGGCUCCUUUUCAAAACCUAUCCAGAUGUCUACUAGUCGCUUGGGCAUUAAGCAGGUAAAUUUUUUUCAUUCACUGUUCUGUUUUAAUCAUAUGUAUAUUUGUGUUCACAUGUGGCUUUAUGAAGAUAAUGAAAAUGACUCUGAAAAUAAUGAGUUGGCAAAGGAUAUAGCCAGAGCUCAAAAUCCCAUCGAGCAAGAACUGAAAGAUCCAAAUGAUUCUUAUGCAAGCAGUGAAGAAGAAGAGGAGGAGGAGGAGGAGGAAGAAGAAGAAGAAGAAGAAGAAGGUGGUGAAGAUUAUGUUGAUGAGGGGGAUGAGGAGAAAGAAGAAGAAGGACUUGAGGAGGAGGAUGAAGAUGAGGGAGAAGAAACAACUGAGGAUGAGGAGGAAGAAGAAAUUGAGGAUGACUACAGUCAAGAAAAGGAGGACGAAGACAUAGAAGAAAGUCAGGGUAAGCUAGAAAAUGAAGAAUGUUUUGAAAAAUCAGAGAGAGAACAGUUAGAAACCUCUGCGGACAGUGGACAUCUUGCAGAACAAAACUGUGGUCAUAGGAACAGUCCUAAUAGAAGCAAUAAAUUGUGCAAUGUGCACAAUGAAGAAAUACAAGAGUUAGCUGGGCGGUGUGAAUCUUCAGAUGAAAAUGUAUCUAUUAAGAAGAUGAAUAAUGGACUUCAUCAUUCACUUGAAGAAGGAAACAGAUGUAAACUUGAAGGGAAAAAUAUGAAUAACCAUGAGUAUGAAAAAGAAAACACAGAAUGUCAAAAUCUUAAUGAAUGCCAAGGCACUGAGGAAAAUGAGGAAAAACUGGAUAUGAGCCACCAAGGAUUCCAUAAAGUUGAUAUUUGUUCAUUACCGCCAUUUGAAGUAACAAUUUCUGCAAAAUCUGUACUUUCAUCUCUUUUAAACAAAGGGAAAAAAUCAAAUCUGGGUGGUAACUUUGAAAGUGAUGAUGAUCCUGAGUCAAAGGCAGAACUUGAAAAACAGAACUCAAAAAAUAUUAGUUUUGUGGAUUACCAAAGUAUCACAGAAAAACUAUGCAGUCAUUUGCAAGAACCAGUAUAUGAACCAUUAGUGGAUAAAUGGGAGCAGUGUAGGGAAGAAAAUCUAAAAGAAGACUUUCAAUCUAAUAUAGAUCAAAAUCCCUUACAAGAUGGCAGCUUUCAAAGAGGAAGAUUGCACGACUCUCAGGGAAAAGAGGGCACGGAGGACCUAGAACAUAAAAAAAAGUUAAUGGAAGAACUUGGUUUAGAUGAGACAGAUCAUAAUGAAGAUGAGUCUGACUGGGAUUCAUCCAGCAUUCCUCUUUCAAGUGUAUCCUGUGCUGACCCUUUGUAUCAACUUGUGCUGGGAAGUGAUGGCAAAAGUGAUUCUGCAGUCAAAAAACCAGAAGUUAUUCCUGUGGGAGUACAAUUAUCUGAUACUAAAACAAUGAUUCCGGUAAAAGGAGAGAAGAGUAAUGAGCAAAAAGAUAUCAAAGGAAUUGAAAAUGAUGAGAACAAGCAUAAGGAUAAAAAUGUAGUAGACGCAUUCAGCUGUACCAAAAAGGCAUCACUUGAAAAUCAGACUGACAAUGCAGAGGUUUUAUUUGCUUGUGAGAAAAAGGAAACUGAAGCAGCAGUGCAUACUGAGGAAUCUAACAGUGGCUGCAGUCAGUUUGGUGCAGCUCUCUGGGAAGAAAGAUAUGAAAAAAUGUGGGUUGCAAAUGAAAAAAGAGAAGUCAAAACGUGUUUUAAGAGCAUUACAGCAGAACUAAAGCAGAAGUUUGGUGAAACUAAUAUAAAUGUACAAAGAAGUAAUACUUCUGUGGAAGAAAGAUCACAGGAUGGCUUCAGUGGUAUGCCAGAAUCACCAUUGCUACCACUGUCUAAAACUACAAUUGACAUACAAGCAACGGGAGAUUCUGGAAAUUUAAACUCUGUCAUUGCAGAAAAGAAAUGUAGCCCUGAAAACUUAACUUUAAAUCCUAUAAAUUAUAGUUCUCAGAAGUUUCUUCCUGAGCAGCGUGAAAAUGGUCAACAAAAAGUUCAUCAAAACCAGAGUGCAAAGAAUGAGAUAUUAUCUGAAAUAGCAAGUGUAAGUGGAGAAGGAAGAGACAAUAGUCUUGUACAACAGGAAACAAAUGUGGGGAAGUUUGCAACACAUAUCAAACCGUCUGCCUACAUAGACACUGCAAAACUCCUUUCUAAUGUAACAAAAAGUGCAGUUGAAACAAUCUUACACCAGUUUAACAAUGGUGCUUCCAGACGCAUUGCAGUCAGCAACUAUAAAAAUGUUGAGACUGAGAUUGGAAAGAAAGUGAAAAAAUCUAAUCAAUCCUGCUGCCAAAUAUCAAAAGAACGGGAUAAAGAAGUAGAACGUGAUGUUGUGAAAUUUAAGAAUGAGGUAGGAAUUGUGCAGACAGCGUUCCUGGCUUUGGAGAAAGAAAACGCCCAACUACGGAAAGAGGUUGAAAAGAAAAAACAAAAGCAGAAAUGGGAAGAAUUAGAGGCUGCAGGAAAAAUGGAAAGUGCAGCUAUUGAAAAAAGGGUUGGUGUGAAUACUAUUAAACAGAAAGCAGGAGAGCUUUCUGUAAAGGAAAAACAGUAUAUUAAACCAGAAGGAGAACUAUUAGGGCAAAACCCAGCAAAAAACUUAAUUUCCUCUGUGGAAAAGAAGGAAAUAAUUCCAGUAGCUGCUAAAGGCACAAAGGAUGUGAGAAAAAGUGAAAGUACACAACAAAUCUCAAAACAAUGGGUCAGUCAGCAGAUUACUGAAAAUCCACAUCAACAGCAAGAUGAUAGCAGUUCGAAUGAAACAUCUGUGGAAGAAGUAAGAAAAUCAGCCAGAACUGUGAAUGGGAAAAAUAAGAUUCCCAGAACAGUGGGUAUUAUUAAUACUCUUGAUGAUUUAACUCAGUCUUCUGAUACAGCUGCAGAGGAUAUUGAUAUGCCUGUUUCAGUUCAUAGAGAGGCUGAGAUGUUGAUAGAACAGCUUGGUUUGGAAAAUCAAGAUUCUGUAAGCCUGCUGAAAAUUCGAAAUAUUGUUAAUGGAUAUGAACAUUUAAUUGGAAAAAAAAAUGAAUGUUGCGCUCAGCUGCAAGAAAAAGUUAAAAAAAAUGAGAAUGAGAAGAAGGAGCUGCAGAGAAUGCUAGAAGAAAUGAGAGAAGCGAACUCUCUGUUGGAUCAUCAAAAAGUACAAUGGGAAAGCGAUAUCAGUAGUCUCAAAUUUUUUUUGAAACAAACAGAAGAAAAGAAAAUGAGUGUUGAAAUGCAAUAUGAGAAAAGUCAAGAACAGUUAAGGAAGAAAGAAGAGCAGUAUCAUAAAGAGAUGGGGGAAAAACAGAAGCUAGAGUUAACACUGAGAAGUUUAGAAGCGGAGUUGAGAACUUUGAAAAACAAUUCGAAACGGAUGGCUGAUCCUCAUGACCAAGAAAAGGAUCUAUUAUACAAAAAUCAAAUUCUCCAAGAUGAACUUGCUGCAUUAAGAUUACAACUUGACCAGGUAAGAGCUAAGCAUCAAGAAGAAGAAGCCAAAUAUUUAGAAGAAAAUGAAGGUUUGAAAGGAAAAAACCAAGACCUUAAAAAGGAGUUGAAACUAAAUGAAGAGGCGUUGAGUCAAACAGUUCUUCAGUACAAUGGACAAAUAAAUGUAACAAAAACAGAACUUGCCAUUCUAACUUCCAAGUUAGAGCACAUGAAAGAAGAUAAAGAACAACUGGAGGUGGAGCUUGAUUCAUUUCAUUCCCGUUUGGAUUCCAUCACUCAGGAACUAGAACAGACGAAAAUAUCAAAGAAUGAUCUUGAAAGAACACUGAAACAAGAGCGUGAUGAAUGGGUUUGUUUAAAAAACAAAUUGAAUCACGAUCUGCUUAACCUGCAAGACACCAACAAUAGCAUGUCUCAGCUGUUAAGUAAGACUGAAAGCAACGCUAAUAGUCUAGAAAAUGAACUUCACCAUGCAACACACACACUCAGAGAAAAGAACUUGCUGAUUGAAAGUAUUCAAAGGGAUCUAAGUCAAGCCCAGUGUCAAGUGAAGGAACUUGAAAAUGCAUGGCAAAUGGAAAAAAGUCAAGUGAACAAACAUGUCAUAAAACAGGAAUCUGUGCAGGAACGAUUGACACAACUCCAGAGUGAAAAUCUUUUACUCCGACAGCAACUUGAGGAUUUUCAAAACCAGAGUAUUGUUAAAGAAAGAGUAGUGAGCAGUGUUCAAGAUAGAUUUAAUGAUAUUUUUGCUAAACUUCGAGCCGAUACUGAAAAGCAGGUACAAAUGAUAGAAGAGAGAAAUAAGGAGUUAACGACAAAAUGUAAUAAUUUAAAGGAUCAAGUCUCCAAAUAUGAAACAGAAAAAGCAGAGAGAGAGGGUUCAUUAAGGGAACUGCAGCAAGAGCUGGCAGAUUCUCUUAAAAAGCAGUCCAUGGCAGAAGCUGCACUUGAAGUUACAACUGAUUGUCGGAAUCAUCUAGAGGAGGAUAAACGGGAGCUUCAAAAGGAAAUAGACAGGGUAAAAUCUGAGCUGGAAGAGUUAGAAGAACAAUUUAUCCACUCUCAAAAGUGUAUUCAGGAUUUGAGGAAUGAUUUGGAUGUUAAGGAAGGUGAAGCAAGAGUGGUACCUCAGAACUUACAAGAGCUGCUGGUAGCAUCAUCAGGAACAAAUACUGCUAUAAAACAUGAGGAAGAGCAUAUGCAAAGACUCGAAGUAGAAAAUGCCAGAUUACAAGCUACAAACAAAAGCCAAACUUGCAGAAUUGAGAUGCUUCAGAAAGAUCUCCAGGGUAGUGCUUCUGUUCACAGUCAUCUUGAAGAACUUGUAACUAUUUUGCAAACAACAAAAAUCAAUUUAGAGGAACAACUAAACCAUCAGGUCCAGAAACAAGCCAUGCUAUCAACAACUGGCCAAGAUACUCACAAAAUGUGGGAAGAAGAACUGAAGUUGAGAUCAAAACUUCAAGCUCACCUUUCUGAGUUUGAUAAAGAAAAGACUGAGUUAUUGGCUCAAUUUGACAAUGAGAAGAAGAAAGUGAAGAAAUUGGCAGAGUUAAAACGAUCAGUGGAAAUUCAGCUAGGUCAAGAAACAAAGAAGAACAAUGAAUUACAAAAAAAAUACAAUGGAAUUAAGAAGCUUUUAAAAACAGCUAAAAAUAAACAGAAAGAACAUGAGAUCAGGGAAAAUUCGUCUCAAGGAGAAAUGAAGACCAGAUAUUCAGACAUAGUUACUGAAGUUGGAAAUUUAAGAAAAAAGACAGGAGAACUUUCUCACCAAUUAGAGGCUGAGUCAAGUAGACGAACUCAAUUGGAAUUUACAAAUCAUGAUCUACAAGAACAGUUAACUUCUCUAAAGACACUCCAUAAGAAACUGGAGAGAAGCAAACUGCAACUAGAAGAUGAAGUAGCUAAUCUCAGAUAUCAUUUACAGAGUAAUAUGAUGGACUACAACCAAAGAGAACAAUACAAAAGAGAAGUUGAAGAGCGAGCUAGACUAGAAGUCAAGCAAAAACUAGAAGAAGUCAAUUUGUUUUUACAGACACAGGCAGCCUCACAAGAAACUUUAGAACAAAUAAGAGCCACUAAUAGCACCUACCUGAAAAAUCAACUGGAACACAGAAUUGGUGAUCUAGAAUCUGAGCUGGCCAAACUGAAGAACAGUCAGCAAGACAACAGCUUUCAUAGAGAGUCUACACAUACAGAACUGGAAAGAUACAAAGAACUGUAUUUAGAAGAGCUGAAAAUUAGAAAGUCUAUGGGAAGCAAACUGGAUCGAGCUAAUGAGAAAUUAUCAGAAGCCAGUGCCAUGCUCCUUCAUGAAAGUCAGAGAAACAAGUCUUUACUAGCUGGCAGUUUUGUAAGUGGAAGCCUUUCUGCAAUUCCAGUCCUGGAAACAGUUCAGUUUGGAAAUCUUAGCAGUAAUCUACCAUUAAAUAGAACGCAUAGCUUUGGAGGAGGAUUCAUGAAUUCAUCUGGAAAUGCAUUAUCCUCAAAAAAUAAAGUGGAGGCCUAUGUGGCAAAGAUGCGGAUGGAACUAGAUAAACAUAUCACUAGGGAACUCGCUCAAGCCACUGUUCAACUUGAUGUAGGAUCAAUUGAUCGCUCAUUAAAAAAUUUAAAUAGGGAAGAGGAUGAAGUGACCAAGGCAGCAGAGGAGUACCUGAAUGUGUUAAAGAAAAAUUACAUGAUUUAAAUCUGUUGUAAAUUUGUAGAUAGUUUUAUAUCCCUUUAUGAUAACCUGAAUAAAUAUGUAAAAAAAAUUUAUAUGUUAAAUUGUAUUACUUUAUUUGUUAUUUACAUUAUUUAUAGUCUGCCUUUCUCACUGGGACUCAAGGCAGAUUACACAGAAGAAAUCUAUACAAUCAACAGACCAGAGAUGAAGUACUGCCAGCCCCCAACGUAAUGCCAGAGGUUGCCACUUUUUCUGAUGCAUGUGAAGUGUUUUUAGAAAGUGGGCAGGGCCAAGUGGGCGAUCACCUACCUUGCCUGCCAAGGCUUCUGAUUGGCUGUGCAGAUUUUAAAAAUAAUGUUGCAUUGGCAGCAGCUACCAGUACAAUGCUAUUGAUCAAUACAUUUUAUCGUACAUAGCCAUAGGCUUUUAUAAUCUACAAUGUCUAAAAACUUAAGA